AUAAUAAUUUUAAUGAUUACUGAUGCAUGAAACUUAAAUAUUUCUAGAAAUUUUUAUACAGAAGAACAUGUUGGAUGGUACUUUGUGGAUUGAAUAUAAUUCAACAUGUUCUGGUAAUAAGAGUUCAACAGGCGUCACAAAGUUGGAAUAUUCUCUUCCAAUUUUAGUGCUUAGCAUAAUUGCCUUAAUAUUAAACACAUUAUGCAUUUCAGUAUUUACAAGACAGCAUAGAAAAUCAGUUAUGCGAACAAGUUUACUAGUAUUAUCAGCUACUGAAGUGCUGUUUCAUUCAUUUGUUUGUAUAGAAUAUACCACACAUCUGAUAUCUUCAUCACCGGGUCCACGAAUGAUAACAGUCACAGAGUUUAUAUUCUUCGCAUUAAUCAACUGGGGAUCUGAUUGCUCUUUAUGCACGCGGAAUUGGUGUAAUGUAUUGAUCACUUCAGCUCGUACAGAAGUUGUAGUUUAUCCAAUGCGUAAACGUCGUUUACUGUCUCAUUCAUCAAUAAAAAUAAUAUACGGAUUUUUAUGGAUUUUAUCUGGUUUUCUAGGAAUUGUACGUGCAUUUUAUGAUUAUGCAAUUAUUUGUGCUCCUACAAAUGAUUAUAUGGAUAGUGUAAAUACACACUUAACUGAUCUGAUGACCUCAUCUCAGCUGAGCACAAUUAAAUCUGACUUAUCUAACAUUAAUGACAAAAAAACAAUAACCAUUACACAUAUAGAUGCUUUACUAGACCAAAAUGUGAUCAGUAACUAUGAGGCUUAUUGUUUUUUUGUAUUUCAGGUAAUUGCGCCAACUUUAAUUGUUUUAAUUAUGUCAUUUAUUAUAUCAUUCUAUGUUUCACCAUGGCGUGAUUCUAAAAUUAUUGAAGUUACCAAUGUACGCCGAAGAAAUCAAAUGAAAGCGACUAGAACAAUAUUAUUUCUAGCAAUUUCAUUUCUAUGUUUUCAAACACCAAGUUUUAUACUAGUUAUUAUCCAGCAUUAUACUACUGUUAUGAUUGAUUUUCAUUUAGCAAAACUUGUUGCAGAUUUACUUUUAACUUUUGAUUCAGUAAUUAAUAUUAUGAUAUAUGCUAUUGGUUUGCCAGGCUUUCGAAUUUAUUUGAAUCGAAUGUUCACUUGUCUAUGUCCGUUUAAUAAUAUAAAUCAUAGCACUUGUAAUAAUAAUGAUAAUAAUAAUAAUAAUCGUGCAAGAGGGAGUUCAGUAACAGUUAUACGGACUGAAUUUCAUCCAGUCGCCUAUAACAUUACAAAGAAUAAUAGACUCAAACCAGCUGGUACACUGAAUAAUUGGAGGAACUCUCUGCAUAUUAAUCAUUGUGCAUAUCCACAUAAUCGUAACAUUCAUCAUGGAAGUUCACAUCAUCGGCAUCGUCCUCACCACAGUCACGGAUGCAAUCAUAGUCAACUUGAAAAUUACAACAUUAAUUGUAAACAAGAUGAAAGUGUUUACGUUAACGAGGAAUUGUCAAGCAUAAAAGUGAAGGAGAUUUGUGAUGAAAUUUAAUUACAGAAACAUUAUGAAAAAAUAAAAUUAUUGUAUUAUCAACAGAUAAGUACUUAGGUUUGUAUUUUCAAUUCUUAUUUUGUACAUAACUGAACAGUUUUACUUUCAUGUAAUGAUUGUUAUUAUUUUUUAAAGCUCAAUGAAAAUUUCUCAGCUA